CGACUGUAAACAUGAACACCACAGUCCCUCUGCUGCUGCUGCUCCUCACUGGUCCAUUUGUUGCUUGAGCUGACGCCAUCGCCCAAGUGACUCGCCAAUAAUCACUUUUGUUUUUGCUGCUGGUGCGGCAUCGGGGGAUCACCCUUUAGAUGAUCUGGAUAGAUGCUGCAAAGUUCAUGAUAAUUGCUAUGAAGAAAGCAGAAAGACGCCUGGAUGCAUGGCUAUUGCUGACCUUCCUUAUGUCAUUUCUUAUGACUACAUCUGCUCAAGUAAUAAAGUCACCUGCUCAGCUACAGGUCAUACCACAUCUGCAUGGACCUGGUUCACUCCUGAUGACUUCUGCGGACCUUUACCUGGCUCCCGUCUACGUUGGAAAACUAAAUUUCUCUCCACUCUCCUCCGUCGUCUGCAUUGCCUCGACUCCUCUCCCACAGGCUGUGAGAGACGUCGCUUUCUUCCUACUGUAAACAUGAACACCACAGUCCCUCUGCUGCUGCUGCUUCUCACUGCUUGUGUGGUCAAUGGUGCACUGCUGCCUAAGGCCGUAUGGCAGUUUGGGAACAUGAUUAGCUGUUUCCAGCCUGGUGUCAACCCUCUGAGGUACAACGAGUACGGCUGCUGGUGCGGCAUCGGGGGAUCCGGCACCCCUGUAGAUGAUCUGGACAGAUGCUGUAAAGUUCAUGAUAAUUGCUAUGAAGAAAGCAGAAAGACGCCUGGAUGCACGGAUAUUGCUGACCUUCCUUAUGUCAUUUCUUAUGACUACACCUGCUCAAGUAAUAAAGUCACCUGCUCAGGUGCCAACGAUAAGUGCCAGGCUGCUGUAUGUGAGUGCGAUCGUGUGGCAGCCGAGUGCUUUGCUCGAACCGAAUACAACCCUGAAUACAAAAACCUAGACACCAAAGUCCACUGUUCCAACUGAGUGACGCAACACACAGAAAAGAUGGGAGGAUUUCUUGUUUCUUCUCAAAAAGUUUAAUGUCUUUUUAAUUCGUAAAAUCACAUGUAAAAGAAGGUUGAUUUUGUGCAAAGGAGUCUGAUUGAAAUAAAGUAGUGAGACUCUCAA